UCUCUCUCUCUCAGUAGGCGCGGCUCUUCUUCAUGUCUGUCAGUGUUUUUAACUGUACCAGCGGACGUCCUUGAUCCACUCGGAAAAGCUGUGUAAUCGCAUUCUCUGUGAUUAAGGUUUGGCAACAGUGUGAUCCAUGGCUUUGUUCUUCAGAGGAGCUGUUACAAGUUCUCCAAUUAAGACCAGGAGCUUGGAGGCUGAACACAUUUGUCACAGUCUUGACUCCUCCCACCUCUCUGACUCCUCCUAUGAGUGUUUCUCCACCAAUCCGCUGACCGGCUCAGUCUGUGCAUACCGGCGAAGUCCCCGUCUACUAGCCAACGGUUACUAUGUACUGACAGAGGACAGUUUUAGUACAGACGAGGAGGGUAAUGUCACCCUGACUCCCUCACAAACAAGCGUCUCAUACAAAGAGAAUCUCGUCCGAAUAUUCAGACGACGGCGCCGGGCAAAAAGGUCAUUAGCCAGCCUUCUGAGUGAUAUGAGCCAAUCGUGCCAGUCCUGGCUAGAAGGAAGUGUCUUUAGAAGAUCUGACCCCAUCACUCCCCUCCAGUCAUCGUUAUGGGAGAUGGAAGAGCUGGACCAUAGCUAUGAGAGAGACACACCUAUCUGCUUCACCUACGAUCCCACAGAUCCUGUUCCUUCCCCUGAUAAAGUGGCUCCUCAAACUCAGCUUGAAGAGGAGGAGCCUCAGUCUGAGGCAUGCUCUGCCCAUGAACAAUUUAGCCAAUCAGUGAGCGGUCUUCUAGAUGUUCCUCCUACAUCCAUGUGUCACCUCAACAGUUACAGUCCAUCCAGCAAGAACUCAUCAGACACUGUGCUGUUGAAAGUCCUCUUGUUGACCAUCACUCUGUGCCUCUGCAUUGCCAUCUCCUCUAGGUGGCUGCUUGGAGGAGUUUCUGUAGCAGUGGCGUUCUUUGUUCUGCUUUCAUCCUUAUGUAUGUCUAAAUCUGGGUCAGUCCGCUGGAGGAAAGCAAAGGCUGAGGAUAUCACCUCUAGAAACGAGUGAGGAGGGGCCAUCCAGACACAUAUAUACACCUGUGUGAAGUCUGUCCAAGAAAAGUGGAAGAGCGAGUACUGUAUGUGAAUGCACAUCCUGCAUUAGCAUUACAGUUUAAUUAUAGAUGAGUUUAUUAUGUUGGUGUUUUCACUUAUCAGCUGCAGAAUUCUAAAUAUUAGUCAUUAGAGAAAGUUCAGGCAGGACCAGUGAUGGAAAAUGUCACAGUAAAUCUUACAUGCUAAUAAUAGCAUGCAUUUUAUUCAAAUGGAUUUUGAACAUAUCAGUGCAGGACGAUCAUUUAGGAAAGGUUUAGUAAGUUUCCUUAAUGAAAGACUGGAUUGGAUUCUUAAGGAUUCUCUGCGAUUCAGUGAAGGUGCCCUGCAUUAUGUUUGUGAAUAUGUUACCUUGGCUUGGCUGGGCUCUUCAACAUGGUGACUGGGGCAUCAUUUGCUUGAUAGUCUGAUUAGAUGAUCAGAUGCCCAUAUCAUUUAAAUAGCUUGCUGCAACACCCAGAGUGUUUUAAUAUCAUUGAGGAAAUAUUAAGCUUGUUAAUAGUUAAUCGUUAGUAGCAAAUUCUGUAUCUUAAAAAGUACAAUUUUGCUUAGCGGAGAUGCCUCAUAUUUGUCAAGUGCCUUCGUAUACAAAACUUGAGUGUUUGUUAUUGCCAUUUGCCAGGGUUAUGCACACACCCAUGUGUUGUGUGAUGCAAGAGGGCUACAAUUUUGAGCACAAAAGUGCUGCUAGUAGAAGUACAAUAAUUAAUAUUAGUGUAUUGCAUAUUGUUAUUGAUACUUAUAAAGCUCUUAUAAUACAGGGAUUUUCUCUAGAUAGUGAAGAUAAUUAAAUUCAGUUUUCAGAGGAUUAGUGCUGCCAAAGGAACCAUGUUCUAGAUUUACUGUAUAUUAUGUGUAUUAUUCUGUCAAAUUCGUACAAGGCAGCUUCUCUCACAGAAAGAGCCUUACAAGAAGUUAGGACUUUACAGUGUUACCUGUCAAAUAUUAUAUAUUUACAAUAAAUAUACAAUAAAUAAGAAAAAGAGAAGGGACCAAGUCUUCUGAGUUUUAUGUCUGCUAAUGGAACCUACAGGUCUAAUAGAAGCCAUCGGGAGGAACUGAAAUGGAUUAUUUAAAAAAUAUAUAUAUUACAAAGACUCAAAGCGUUUAUAGGAGUUGGUUGAAUUGUGUCUUUAAAGGCAGCUCAGUUUUGAAGAAAGGCAUUCACGAGGAAACAAAAGCAAAGCAAAAGUGUUUAAAGUAGAUCAAUUUUAGAGGUUAAAGGUACUAAAAAUCUGAAAACAAACAUGUUACAGAGCCAGCCAAGAUGAAGUGAAUUAUCCAGAUGUUUUUAGCUUUUAGCCAAUAGAUAUGUGUUAUAUUCAUUGUAUCAUGCCUUCAAUGUUUAAAGAAACUCUUUUUGUAGUGCCCAUGAACAAUGAAACAUUCAAGUGCAAUGAAUAUUAUUGUAUAAAAUAGUCCAAAUUCAAUGUAAAGUGUGUUACUAUUAUAGCAAUGAUUAUUACAACAAUCUGUUAGAUGAGGGUGAUAAGCGAUUAAUCAAGUUAGGAAAAAAGGCCCAAAAGAAAAUGUAUAUGUAUUUUUUUGUUUGUUUACUUCAAAUUGCAAUUUGUAGUA